AUGUACAGUACCGCGAACUCGCCGCAUGGUGACCGCGACGGAGAGAUCGAAGACGAGGAGCAGCACUGCGAUGAGGAGGAGCAGCCAUCAGAGGAUGCGCCUCACCCACACCGACAGAGGUGGCCACUGAUUGAACAGCAACAUCAGCAGCGGUGGAAGGAGCUGGAACUACAACAUCAACAGCUAUGGCAGGAGCUAGAGGAUCCAGGUCACGAAGAAAGAGUGAGGAUGGACAAAGAUCAUGAAGAGGAGCGUCGACAUCUGGAGCAGAAACACGGUACGGAAUGGCAGAACCUGGACGAACGUCACUAUGAGGAGCGCAUUGAGCUUCAUCAGCAGCACAAAGAGGACACUGGAUGCAUCGAAAUGCCGACUGAGGACCAGUUAAGGCAGCUGGAUCUCUCCCACCAGAAACAAUGGGAAAAACUCCGGCGGACACUGCGGAAGCAGAGGCUAGAGCUAGAGCUCAGACACCUGAGAGAGUCACGAGAGCUGGAGGAGAGGCUCCCGAGCGUCCGGUCGGGGGAGUUGGAUCGGCUGACGGAGGAGUGCAGGAGGGGACGUCAGCAGCUGGGGAAGGAGUUAAAGGAGGAGCUUCAGGAGCAGGAACACGACGAUCAGCAGCGUGUCACCAGGAGCCUGCUGGCGCGCCACCAGGAGGAGCGUGAACAGCUCCUUCGGAAGCACGAGGAAGAAACUAGAUGCCUGAACAUGCGGAUCGAUCAGCAGCCACGAGCCAGGCUUCUGCGGCGGUUCCUGAAAUGGAGCGGACAAAGGAAGCUGAACAAGAGGCACCGAAAACAGUCGAAACAACUUGAUCGCUCCCACCAGCAGCAGUGGGGAAAUCUCCAGCAGGCAUUGCGGCAGCAGUGCCAAGAGCUGGAGGAAAGGCAUCAAAACACAGGAUCAGAACACGAAGAGAAUCGGCUCCCGGAGGAAUGGAGCAGAAGACGUCACGAGCUGCAGGAGGAGCUGGAGAAGGAAUUAGAGCAGCUGGAGAAGCAGCCUUAG